AUGGACAUCACGGCGUGGCCGGCUCCAAGCAAGCCGCUCAUGACAUUCUUGGAUGUCGUUGAGUACUCGUCCCAGAUGGCGAGGGCCGAUAUCGUCGCCGGCCGCAUACCUCUGACGCAGCAAGAAAUUGACAGUAUCGUGGCCGUCAACGGCAACCGCCGGCCCAUCGAAGUGCUCAAUCCCACAACCCCUACUGACGGGCUGCCCAGGAUUGGCCCGCAGCAACCUGGCGCUUCACCGAGCUACGGUGACGGCGGCGGCGGCGGCGGCGGCGGCGGUGCCGACGAUGGAGCAACAACAACCCCUGAUGCGGAUUGGACCGUGGUCUAG